AUGUCUUCGUCGCGCUCGCAACCACGGGCUGAUGUACUUGCCCGUCAACCCGCUUCGAUCGAAACGAUUCCGACCCCUACAAGACCGCGGAAGAUGAUAGAGAGGGAGUCGCAAAUCACGGAACUUGAGUCCACUGUCUUGUAUCCCCGUCUAGUUCUUUUGGAAGCUCUUGCUGGAUUCAAAGACAAACCAAAACAACGAGCAAAGUCCGGUGACACGAUGUGUGAAGCUCGACGAAACUUCUUGGAUUCUUUUGCUUAUCUUUGCGACGUGGAGAAAGGCGGCGGAACAGUCACGGCUACUGGCUUGCAAAGACUGGAGAAGGAUAACCAUCUAUGGCUAGCGGCGAACAAAGGUAUACGCGAUGAUAUACUGAUCUAUGCAAACAAUAUCCUGGAUCACAUCAGAUCUGCAACCGCAGAGACUGAGAGCAUCAUUCAAGACCGCAUUGCAGCUCUUAGUGUCGAGAAGUGUAGGCCGAGAAUACAGGUUUACAAAGCAGCGGCGCAGGAACUUGCACGGAACUGCAGGAUGGCUCUCCGAAGAGUCAAGAGAGAUGACGUCGUUAAUCUUCUACGAACCAGGUUGAAGAAGCUGCAUGAGCCGUCACCAAGCAUGAGCUUGGGCAACUACGUUGAUCUGUGCCAUACUCUGAGAACCGAAUGCAUCAAGACCAUCAAGUUGCAUUCCAGAACCGCGGACGACGACUUCGGCAAAUUAGCGCAUUUUGUCUAUCGCAUAGGCGCGACACGCGAAGCAGCAAACAAAGUCGUCGAAGCUAUGAUUCGUGUUCCUUCUCUCCAGCGAAUAUCUAGGAUACAGACCAUUAGUACGCCUCAAGUUGUCGAGAAGGCCAUAUCACCAACCUGCAUGAGUCCACAUGAGGUCUUUUAUGGUGUGCUCAAAGAGACCAGCCCAAAUAAUCCUUUGAAGUUUCAACAAGCAUUCCUCCGGCUGUACCACUUAGACUCAUUACCAACGAGACCAAUUUACAACCACAUGACCUCGAAAGAAACGGUAGUGACCAAGGUACACGCCGAACUCCAAAUCGCAGACAAGUUCGCUCGGUCGCAGGCCAUCAACUUUGCUGACAACGACAAGUAUAUCGGGUGCAGCAAGCCAGCGUGUUAUUUCUGUUACACUUGGCUCUGCCUACACACGCAGGGCUAUUCUGAGCCUGCAACGCACUGCAGAGUUAUACCCGGCUGUCGCGGACCAGACUAUGAGCUGAACGAUGCGGGGACGGAUGUCAUGAGAUCCAUGUACAGUAAGAUCAGCCGACAGGUGGGACAGGAUAUCUUUGCGUUCCUGGAGAAGGAUACGCCGCAACCAAGGGUUCCUUACAUGUCUACCGAUGCUGGAAGUCGGGCGCCGAGCCGAAUUUCGGGUCUUCAAGAGUAACUAUGGACCAUAGCAUAUCCAAGAUUGUUUCUUCGUGGGUGAUCUAGGGACUAUAAUGCAC